CAACAAUACAACGCAAAAUGACAGCAGACACCGCACCACUACUCCUCCCAGGACAGCCCCUGCCAGCAGCGUACAUCACCCCGCCGCUCCCAGCGGCAGGGGACGGGUGCUACGAGUAUGGCGGCAAGAUCCUCUCGUCGGUCAUCGGGCGGCCUCGUCGCGACGGAGCUGUUGUCAGCGUGAUUAGAAAGGAGGAGGCAGGAGCAGUGCCUGAUAUCGGCGCAGUGAUCCUCGGACAAGUAUCCCGCCUGUCGCCUCAACAAGCGCACGUCACGAUCGAGAUUGUCAACAACCGGCCCGUCGCCGAGUCGAGCGAGGAGCUCACCGGCGUGAUUCGCAUCGCUGACAUUCGGUUGACGGAGCGCGACAAGAUCAAGAUGGGCGAGUGUUUCCGUCUCGGUGACAUUGUCAAGGCCAAGGUCAUCUCGCUCGGCGACGCACGCAGCUACUACCUCUCAACGGCGGCCAACGAGCUCGGCGUGGUGUACGCGACGUCGCAGGAUGGCAACCCCCUCCUGCCCGUCUCGUACCAGGAGAUGGAGGACCAGGUGACGGGCAAGACUGAGAAGCGCAAGGUCGCCAAGCCGGAGGAGGUGUAGCUGUCUUGAGCUGUUCUACAUCUGCUUGACCCAACGCCAGACCGAAUCACACCACCCGCAUGAAGAUAGACAUCAUUGUACAUGGCAUGAACUGUAUGAACAGAGGUGACGGGUGGGG